AUGGAGGACCAAUACCUUUACCUUGGCUUGGUUCUCGUGUCGCUGCUCGUCGUGCUCGCCAGCCGCAGGCGCGCGGCACCAAAUGGCGUGGAUGGGCUUCGGCUGCCACCAUCUCCAUGGGCGCUCCCUGUGAUCGGCCACCUGCACCACCUCGUCGGCGCGCUCCCGCAUCAUGCCAUGCGCGCCCUGUCCCGGCGAUACGGCCCAGUGAUGCUGCUCCGGCUCGGCGAGGUGCAGACGCUGGUGCUGACCUCCCGCGAAGCGGCCCGUGAGGUAAUGAAGACCCACGACACGGUGUUCGCCUCUCGCCGGCUGAGCGCCACCACGCGACUGCUAACCAACGGCGGGCGCGACCUCGUUAAUGCGCCGUACGGGGAGCACUGGCGCCAGCUCCGCAAGAUCGCCGUCACGGAGCUCCUCACCGUGCGCCGCGUCCUAUCUUUCCGGGGUAUCCGUGAGGAGGAGGUCUCUACCAUGCUUCACGAGGUCGCUGAUGCGGCGGCGAAGGCGCGCCCCGUGGAGAUGCGGGCGCGGCUGUCGGCGCUGGUGGCCGAGACCUUAGUGCAAGCGGUGAUGGGUGUCCGGUGCAAGGACCUAGACGUGCUCCUCAGUAAGCUCGAGCGCGCCCUGGAGCUGUCGGGGGGCUUCCACCCGGCCGACCUGUGGCCGUCGUCGCGGAUCGCCUGCGGGCUCAGCAGCGCCUUGCGUGAUGCCCAGGUGUGCCAAGACAUGGUCUUCGUGGUCCUCGAAGGCAUCAUCCAAGAGCAUAUAGCGAAGACGGGCGACGGCCAUACCGAAGAUCUGCUAGACGUGCUGCUCAAAAUUCAGAAGGAGGGGGGGCUCCGCUUCCCGCUCGACACAGAUGUCAUCAAAUUCCUCGUCUUCGAACUCUUCGGCGCUGGCAGCGAGUCGGCUUUCACCACGCUGGAGUGGGCCGUGUCUGAGCUGAUCAAGAACCCAAAGGCCAUGCAGCGGGCGACGGCCGAGGUUCGCCGAGCCUUCGCUGCCGGCGGGACGGUGGUGGAGGAAAGGCUCGGCGAGGUCCCGUACCUGCACCUCGUCAUGCGGGAGACGCUGCGGCUGCACCCGCCGGUGCCGAUGCUGAUCCCGCGAGAGAGCCGGGAGGCGUGCCAGGUGCUCGGCUACGACGUGCCGCAGGGCACGCAGGUCCUCGUCAACGUCUGGGCGCUCGGCCGCGACGAGCGAUACUGGGACGCGCCCGAGGAGUUCCGGCCGGAGAGGUUCGAGCAUGAGGCGGUCGCCAUGGACUUCAGAGGCGCCGACUUCGAGCUCCUGCCUUUUGGCGGCGGCCGGAGGAUAUGCCCUGGCAUGGCGUUCGGCACCGCCAUCGUGCAGUAUGCCCUAGCCAGCCUCAUGCUCCACUUCGACUGGGAGCUGGACCAGCCCGGACCCGGAGUGCUCGACCCGGCGCAGCUCGACAUGACCGAAACGUUCGGGCUCACUGCGCGCCGCAAGGCAAACCUCUGGCUACGCCCCGUCCUUCGUGUGCCCAUUCCAGGCGUCUAGUCAAUAAUGCCAGCGCCGGUACGGUGUCGUCUUCCUUCCGUGGUUCAGUCGUAUUAUCAAUAAAAAGUUCAAGGGGCUCAUCC